GUGUGUUUGUUUGCGGGGGCUGAUGGCUUUGUGGAGGCGUUGCCAUGGCAACCGCGGCACGGCGACGUGUUGGGUGAAAAAUGUCCUCAGUGUGACGUCACGGAAGAAAUUACAGGAUGGUUGUGAUGUGUGGUGAGAGGGCGGAGCCGAGCGCAGCGGACACAAAGCGAGCACGUCGCAAGUCAUCUCUGUGCAAGCGAUCGCCAUGUCGGCCUGGAGGUCACUUCGGAGGUCAUAGGUCAUCGGCGGCUUCGUUUGAUCGCGCGCGCAACCGCGGAGUGAGGCCUCUUGGCCAGCCGAGCGGCGCGGAAGCGAUCUCGGGGCGGCCGGUGCAGUGACGUCAUCGUGCUGCUCUGGCGGGCGGGCGCUCGUCUCGAGUGAGCGAGCGAGCGAGCGACAACAUGUCUGCGGGCUCAGGCGGCCCAGCGCCGGGGCCCGGCGGCCCCCCGGCGGCCGGUGUCGGCAACCCCCGCAAGUUUAGCGAGAAGAUCGCGCUGCACACGCAGCGGCAGGCCGAGGAGACGGCCGCCUUCCACGAGGUCAUGAUGGACAUCACGUCGACUAGGCUGCAGGCUCAGAAGCUCCGUUUGGCCCGCACCCAGGGUCCGUACUACGGCGGCUCUCUGCCCAACGUCAACCAGAUCGGCAGGGGGCCUCAGGACCUGCAGGGCGCCUUCCCGCCGUCGCUGGAGUCAGCUCGCUCUACGCGUCAUCACGGCCUGGUGGAGCGAGUCCACAGGGAACGUCGCUUCGUGCCGCCCAUCAGACCGUACCGCAACCGCCAAGUGGACAACUCCACCUAUAACUCCGCCUACUUGUCGCCACCCCCGGACCCCAGCUGGAGAAGGAAUUGGUCCGCCGGAAUCUUCCCGGGGGAUAAAAGCCACUUGUUACGUCUCCCAACCACUGCGCUCAACAGGACCAACUCCGACUCAGCCCUCCACACCAGCGUGAUGAACCCGCCAUCGGGUGACCCCUUCGCCACAGGAUGUCACACCCUCACAGCCCACGGCGGAAGACGCAACGUCUUUCCGUACCCUGUCCCGCCCAUUGAGGAAAACGUGCUGGAUGAUGCCAAGCUCAUCCCCAACAAAGCUUGGGACGCCAAGAAGUUUCCUGUGAUGACCUCCAGACCAAAGUCAUGUGAAGUUCCUGGCAUCAACGUCUUCAUGUCACCCGAGCUACCGUCGGCUCCCGCACACGGCAUCCCACCGGCCCUCAACAUUAGCGGGUCGCUCCCAGAUCUGUCCAGCCUUCACUUCCCCCCGCCUCUGCCCACACCGCUGGAUCAGGACGAGCCUACCUACCCCGGCGGCAGCACGGGCAACCUGGCGUCCACCCUGACCCAGCUGGGCAUCAAUACCAGCAGCGCCGAGGGAGGCAACGGCGCCUUCCACCAUCAGGCCGGUGUGCCGGGCUCGUUGGGAGGCACGCUGAGUAACCCGUCCCUGCAGUCGUCGCUGAGUAACCCCAACAUCCAGUCGUCGCUCAGCAGCCACUCUUUCAGCAACUCUCUAAGCUCCGCCUCCUUGCACUCAUCACUCAGCAACCCAUCGCUGCAAUCGUCUCUGGGCUCCUCCCCCUCUCUGCCCUCCUCCCUCAGCAGCCAAUCGCUGCACUCGUCCCUCAGCAGCUCCUCCCUCCAAUCGGCCUCCGGUAGCAGCAACCCCGCCUACAGCUCUGGCUCCGCCACCUACACGUCCUCGGUCAGCACGUCACCGCGGAGACGGGCGCAACCCUCGCCACUCGUCCUGCCCGUCUUGGGCGGGGACGCCCGGCGACAUCACACCAAGCAGUUCUCGCCCACCAUCUCACCCACGCUGUCCUCCAUCACGCAGGGCGUGCCCCUGGACACGAGUAAGCUGACUCUGGACCAGCGCUUACCACCAACUCUGGACCAGCGCUUACCACCAUAUCCACUGGGCCAGCAGGCCCCCCACCAGCAGCCCCCCCUCCUGAGUCAGCAUCAAGCGCAGAUGGUCCGCCUCCAGCAGACGCCGCCGCAGAACCUGCUCAACGCUCAGCACUUUGGAACGCCGCAGCGGGCAGGCAGCUCUCAGGUCAGCUCGGCACUGGUGAAGAACAACGCCUUGGAGCCCUACCUCCACAGCACCUUGACCUCCCAGUGUCAGCUCAAGCAGGAAGCGGAGCAACAGAGGAGCGGGAACUUCCCUCAAUUGCACUUGACCGCCGACCUGUACAACGAUGCCUUGCUCAAUUCCUUGCUGGACGACUCUUACGUAAACCUGCAGCUCAGUGGCAAAGCCAGCCAGCAGUUUCCCGCCGAGAGCCCGAGUGACGUCCUGGGCCGCAGUGUACUGAGCGGCGGCCAUGCUGACACGCAAGUGCUGCAGCAGUCCUUAGACCAAGCCGUACUCAACCAGAACCAGAAUCAGAAUCACAACUAUGGCGGCGGCGGCGACUUUCGCCAGAACAUCCCCAACAUCAUCCUGACAGGCGACUCUCCGCCGGGCUUAUCCAAAGAGAUCGCCAGCGCCCUGUCGCACGUGCCGGGUUUCGAGAUGGACCCGUACUCACUGGACGACCCGCUCCGGAUGGGCGCUCUGGCCCUGGACAUGCUGGAGGGAGACCUCAUGCUGGCCGACCCCGCUGUGGAGGACUCGUUCCGCUCGGACAGACUCAAGUGAGCUCCGGCGCGGGCUGGCGGGCAGACACCGGGAGCGGACGCGCGCCGUGGGGUCAAGACAGAAACUCACCAGCUGCCCUUCCGGGUUGCGAAGGGGUGAAGCGCUUCUGGAACGUGGCCGGUAAAUUUCUAUCGGAAGUUAAGAUGGGAAACUUUGCAAUGAUGUCAAAUUGGAAACUUUCCAUUGGAACCCUUUUUAAAGGCUCUCCAUUACCCUCUCGGGUAUUUUGCCGGAUCUUUCAACAGCCACAGAAUAUUAAGCUAUGUCACUAUAAAAGCAGUGAACCUACCACAAGGAAGAAGAGACUCGCCUCUUUCACCAGAAAAAAAAAAAAUCAGCUCUUUCGUAAUCAGCAGUUAAAAAUGGGUUGGUUUUUACUCGAAGCACCGGCUUCGAACCCAAAAGUGGAGAAACAAGCCAAGCUUUUCAUGCAAAAAAUUGGGAUUUCAACAUCUCUUUUGCUUCAUUUAGAAUCAUUAAUGUACAGAUAUUUUCAGAUUUGCAGCUUUGCGGUGGCGUGUGGAGGACCCAAGCGUAGGGAGGCAAGGCUGGAAUGUAGGAUCAACACACAAGAUCGAUUCCGGGGAGGAAAAAAAAAGUACCAUAGUAUGGUGACAAAAUACUGAAUUAAAAGUCUAAAAGUAAUUCUCCAAAGAAUCAUGGGAGAAAGCACUAAUUGGCUCUACAAGUGUUAACGUUGCACUUUGGAACACAUAACUUUAAUUAAAAGUCGCACUUGUAGUGGGGAAAAAAAAUAUUACACAGUUGUUCUCAAAGUGCCCUAAAAAUGAGCAUGUUUGUAAAUGCCAGUAAAUGGUUCUGAAAGUAGCUACUGCGAUAUCAAGUACAUUUUAUAUGGACAGUUAUUGAGAAUGUCAAAUCCAAAGCGAUGUGAUGUCGCCAUAUCCUGGCGUGUGCUUGAUGGUACACAGGAGCGAUUUGACAGACGAGCUGGGUGAGAGCCUCUCGCGCGCGUUGUAAAACGAACGGGGCAAUGAAACACUUGGAUUCCACUUAACUAAUAAAAACGUCCGCACCAGUCAACCAGUUACUGCGGAAGUCAAAUCAAAAACCUUUUGGACAAUAAUCUGGUCUGUGCGACCCCGCUCGUCUAUACACGGUAUUCUGAUGAAUGAAUGAAAAUGUCAUCCAGAACGUUUUUGACUUGACGUCCCCUGUAAGCGCUUCCAUUCAGAAAACGGAUUCUUGUCAAUUGCCUUUAAUUGCCAUGGAAAGUUUCCAAAUUGGACAGUUGACGGAAUGUUGCCCCCUCGUCCGGAGGCCCAUGCGUUCGCCAUUUUGGACGGCAAGCCAGCCAUGAACUUUCUCCCGGGUGGCGACUAGUAGCGUCAGCCUCUCAAAACACGGAAAGGCCAACUGCUGAGCCUUCAAGUCCACCUCCUGGUCCAUGCACUAGUGCACUCCUUGUCCUCACUAGUAGGACAUUUGCCCUAUUCGGCAUGUUUUUUUUACCCAUGAACCCCUUUGAGCAUUUAUUCCCAUGCCUUCGAAGUACUCGAGCUCUGUGCUGGAUUUCCACACAUAUAUGCCGCACCCACACAUAUAUGGAACGACGGAUCAAUAAACACGGUGAGGAGACAUCUCUACUGGGAACAAGUGUGAAAAAAAUACGCGAGUCCGCAUUCAUUGCCGAGCACGACCAUCAUGUAAGGGUGCGCACCCUCUUGUCAAUCUUUGCAUCAAACUUCAGGGGGUAAAAACGGCACUGAUGAAACUGGCAAAUGAACAUGUCAGCCAUUUGAACAGACACGGCAUUGUUCCUGAAUUCAGACAGCGUCUGAAAUAAAUACAUCUUAUAUAUGAGUUACAUAUGUGUAUGUAUACACAUAUGAUGUAGUAAAUAAUAGAAUGAAUGACCAUCCACUUUGUUGUGGCAGACAAUAAAAUCCCGUCCCUGCCCCCUCUUAAAUUUUUCUUACUUUAAACCAUGUAUUUUAUAUCGAUUCGAUAGAAAGUUGUCCUCCUGCUAGUGAAAACAGGCUGCACUAGUACAUGGACCCGCAAGGUGGAUGUGAAGAAUGUGGAAUAAAUGCUCACAACGGGUUUAGUAGUAUAAAAAUCAAAAACUUGUUCUCAACAUCCCUGAUGCCUACUUUCGGGUCCAUACACUCUUUUUGUCUUAGCUCGUAAGACAAUUCAGCAUACUAGUAAGAACCACUGUGUCCUACUAAUAACUUUUUUUGCACUAGUAGUGGAAAAAAACGUCACUCACGUGACGUAGUUCUACUAAUGCGUCCGCGUUGUAGGAGGGUAUGUUCACACUGCAGCUCAAUUCCUUUUUUAUUUUAUUUAUUUAUUUUUUUCAAAUCCAACCUGGCUCGGAUAUUUGCACAUGUCCGACCUAUACGUCAACUAAAGCCCAGUAUUUCCUCCUCGCAGGCGGGGGGGAAAAGACUGCUUAGGAAACUACUGACAUUGUCCGGGAAUCUACAAUCGUUUUUUGAAGUAACAGUUGUCUUUACAGUUGACUUUAAUUGAAUCCCACUUGAAACACGAAGCAAAAAGUGGACAUUUGUGGCGAAUGUAGUCAUUCGCCCACGCUUCUUUUACUAUUCACGGCAAUGACGUGACAUCAUUUUUAAUCGCCGUUUUCAUUAAAUGAGGGGAUCGGGGGAGUCCCCAAAUUAUCUGUACCUCCUCCUGCCUUGAUACUGUGGCGAUAUGAGAUGAUAAAAUGAGCCCCGACACACGGCACCAUAUUUAAUUCCAUAAACACUGGCCAGAUGAUGUCUGUUUUUUUUGGGGGGGGGGGGGUUUUUUUUUUUUCUUUUUCUUUCAUGCAUGUCACUUUGACGACGGGUUUUGAGCUCAUGCGUGUCACAACAUGGGCGCGUUGCGUUCACAUUAGAAGUCGCAUUUGUUUUUGUAGCGAGUAUAUAAAAAGCUGUAAUUCAUUUAAAAAAAAAAAUCCAAAUUGUGCCUGCAGUGUGAACAUAGCCUUAAUUGUGAGGAGGAAGAGCAUACUACAGCAUACUACAACUAAAUAUAGUUUCAGGACCAUAUACUAGUAGUCCGGUUGUUGGCCUCACUAUUGAGUCAGUUCACUACACUCGCAGUAUGACUGUAUCUCAUCAUUUAAUACACGACUUUUUAUUUUUGUGGCUUUAGUUGAAAAGCAAGGAAGGGAGGUGUUUUAAUUGUGCACUGUAGGCAAAGAGCAUAAUAAUAUCCAUGGACCUUUAACUGAAUCUCGUUUCAGGUCCAUGAACUACUUGUCCAGUCGCUGUCCUCACUAUUCUGACAAUUUUGAAGUAGGCAGACAGCAUCGUUGUGUCUCUAGUUGAAAAAGCCUACCUGUAAGACUCUUUAUUUUUUAAUUUUUUGUCUGCUUGUGUGCUGAAUUGUACUGACAAAUGAGCUAACUCGUAUAUGGACCCGAAACUGGACUUUGCAUACUUCCUGCUCUGCUAUGCAAUUGAAGGCGAGAAGCCUGCUGUCUGUCAUUACCAAUCAGACUGUCGGUGUUCCUCCAAAAUCAUCGCGAGCCACCCACGUGUGGCUUUUCUGUGGGUAAUUGGCGAGGUAGUCACACAUUCCCUGUUGGCGGCGCUUACCCGUCUUUUGGCUGAAAUUUGACAGGAAGCUCCUCGGGAUGUGCGUGCGCUGGCGUGCGCAUACGCAGGAAGUCUUGUCAUCAAGUCAAGAAGAAGACGAGAAUAAAUGUCAGCGGGACAUUUUUACGCGUUUGACCAGCUUUUUAGUUCUUCAGAAUGAAAAAAAAGAAUGUUUUCCGAGGUGAGGGAGCGGUCUCAGUCGGUCCCGUCAUCAUCAUGCCAGAACUUCCUCUUUGAACAGGAAGUGCAGGUUUUCACACGCUUGCGUGUUUGUUGGAAAAGGUCAAAGUCACAUUCGCUGACAAGGAAAAUUUCUUUGAGCCAAGCUAAGGUGCAUGCAUGUGCGCACGCGAUUGUUUUAUGCAAUCAUGUCGGCAGAAACAAUGUAGUUGGAAACUCUGCCAGUGGGGGAGCUGUUGAGGGAUCAGCAACAGGCCAUAUUUCAUAUUUCUCUGAAACACGCACACAUGUGUGCGCGCACACAUCCCCUACCAUGAGCUAAAAAGGCCAUAUUUCAUGUUGUCACAUUUUUACAAAAGUUUGCUCAAACGUUCUUAACGCUGUUGGGCUCGUGCUUUUAGGCUGAACUGCGUUUAUGCGCGUGUUGUAAUAAUUUGUAAUAAGCAGGGACGUGUUUGUACAUAUGAAUGUUUGCAAAGCAGCUAACAAGAGAUUUAUAAACUGUUACUUCACAUUCUUUUUUGCAGAAAAUAAACUUUAUGUGAACUUG